GCAAUGAUGCCGUGGCUGGUCGGCCUUUGUCGUCUUGCAGUGUCGUGCAGAUGGAAACAUUUGAAAAUGUUAGUCUGGGACGGGGACACUCGGCUGGAAAUGACCACUAGUAAGUUUCUCUGGUCAUGCAAUCCAGAAAGCAUAGUAGCUUGCCGUAUUAUCACAUUUCUGUGGCAAACCAGGCGGUUUCGGAGCCCUAGUAGCAUCGCAACUGCGCAAGACUUGCGCUAAUGAUUUCAAUCUGAUUACUGGAAUGCAUGUUAUUGAAGAGGCUGAAUCUCGGUCUUGUAUUCGAUUUGGCUUCGGAGCAGAGAACAUUCUUCUGCGGCCCAUGGAAAAUCAAUGCAUGACAGUAGCAUCGAAAUCGGCCGCCAGAGUACGGCCCAACCAAUUUAUGAGAAAGAGGGGUCAAAACCAAAGUUGCAAAUGUGAGAAUCGGGGGUUGGGAUACAAGGGUUGGCAGAUGGAAGAGGAGGAUAAACAAAACAAAACAAAACAAAACAAAACAGCCGUCAUCAUUCGUACGGACGGGCAAGAGGGCGACCGUGAAUUGACCGACACAGACGACACGACGUUUGCUGGAGAAACAAAAAGAAAAUGUUUCACGUCAUGUUGGGAAGGGGGGGAGGCGGCCAUGGGCGGUUGCGAGAACCAGGGAUGCCUGGCUAGCUCGGAGAAUAUAUCAAUGAGAAGAGUGAAAAACAAGGCAAAGGGGAUGAAGUAUGUACUAUGUAUGGCGUGUAGCUGCGCUAACUUACCUAUCUCAAAGAUAUACCUAGGUAGGUAGGUAGCUGCCGAAGUCUCCCACUUUCUUUCUCUGCAUGGGUCGAGUCCAGGUGCUUCGGGCAGUUGACAGAAAGCAUUUGCCGCCAGAGCU